AUGUCCCUUGGCCCUGAAGCUGCAGCUGCGAGGAAAGCAGCUUUAGAGCAGCUGAAGUUCAAAAAGGUACAAAAGAAACAGGGCACGUCUCUGUCCAACUUAGCUGCCCCCUCAUCCCCGUCGUGGACGAGCUCGGGGGCCAUUGCCAACACCGCGGUCCCUGCGCCAACCCAGUCCCGGGAUGCUACAGCCACAUCGCGCUACUUCCCUCCUCCUCCAUCCUCCUCGGCGAAGAUACUUGUACCCAACUCCAGUCCUCUUCGCACCGAUCCCCAAGAUGCACCCGUGGCUACUGCCAGCGCAUGGGAUCUGUUCAAAGAUGACGUUCCCGGUCUGUCGCAAUCCAACUCUCCUACGCGUCCUGGAUCCCUAGCCUCCGACCCGCUUGCCAUGUCCAGUGGCUUCCGCGUACCGAACGGCGUGUCAAGCGCGUCGUCCACGCGUCCUUCGUCCUCGUCGAGCCGGAAGAUGUCUCAGAUGGACGAUGCGGAGGAUGGCGAUCGCCCAAGGAAGAGGCUUAACACUGGGCCGACUACGUCGCGGGACCCCAUCGACUUCCUUUCCCCCGCCUCUCCAGAAGUCCAGACCUCUGCGAAUCGUCGCCAUGCUGGUACCCCUUCACUUUCGUCUAUGUCUCUCUCUUCCGACGAGUCCAUGGUCGAUCCGAGAGAGUCGGUCAACGGUACGUCCAGGACUCGCAUCAUUCGCCGUGCCGCCGUCCCUCCUUCCACGGCAAGUCAGCCUUCGCCCUCCUCCAAAACCACACCCGACGACGAUCCCCGCUUCACGACUUUUCGUCUCACGCAUAUCGAACGCGAGCCGUCGGACGUGCGUGCGGCAUGGCGAGUGGCGGGCGGCGACGAGUCGAAGGCCUCCGCCCUGCUCAAGAAUCCUUACUGGAAGCCACCUGUGGAGACGCCUCCGCCUAAGGAGCGCGAUUCGGUCGCCGAAACAGGACGCGUGAAAGAGGUUGUGGAAGCGAACAAGGCGCAGCGUCUCGCAGUCAGAGAGAAGGGCAAAAAGUCGAUGAUCUACCGAAACCGCACCCUGGACGGCAAGCCGGUCGGCGAUGCCGUCCCCGAAACCCCCCCUGCUUCGAAGGCGCCACUUAUGGUCGUGGACUCUCCCAUGAGUCCCGAGCUUAUGCGUCCGCGCAAGCGGCUAAAGCGCAAGGUAGUCACGUCGGAUUCCGAGGAUGGCUAUGAGGACAGCGAUGCCAGCUCGGACAUUCAUGAACGCGCAAGUCUGGAUCAGCAGCGUGCUCUCGACUAUUUCAACGAAACGUCGGCAGAAGGUUUGCAAGAGUUGACGGGCUGCACACCCGAGCAGGCCACCAAGAUCAUCGAACUCCGACCUUACGUCUCCAUCGAGGACCUAAACUCCAAGUUGAGCCAAGGGAAGAAGAAGGCAGGCCCCGCCGGUGUCAGCUCUAGAAUGUUCGAAGACAGCGCGGCGAUCUUCAAGGGAUAUCACAAGGUCGACAGCAUUCUCGAGGAUUGCGAGAAGAUUGGUACUUCGCUGAGGACGGAGAUCGCGUCGUGGACCCAUAGCAAGGGGAAGGAGCGCGAGGGAUCCCGUGCUUCCUCGGUGUUGGACAACGAUGGCGUUAUCUCGCUCACCCACAUCGAAGGUUCAUUGGACAAGCCGAAGUACUAUAUGAACAACCCGCCAGCCCUACUUCAAGAGGGCGUCCUCCUCAAGGACUACCAGAUGAUUGGCGUGAAUUGGCUUAGUCUAUUGUAUCAGAAGAGUUUGAGCUGCAUUCUUGCUGAUGAAAUGGGAUUGGGCAAGACUGUGCAAGUCAUUAGCUUCUUCGCUCAUCUCAAGGAACGUGGCCGGAAUGGCCCUCACCUUGUGAUCGUUCCAUCUUCUACUCUGGAGAAUUGGUGUAGAGAAUUCCAGAAGUUUGUUGGAGACGGCAUCACCGUCGAAACAUAUUACGCUGACAAGAAUGAGCGGCCACGCCUCAGAGAGAGGUUGAACGACACUGUUGCAACCCAGAAGACAGGGGGAUGGAAUGUACUCGUAACAACCUAUCAGCUGGCCACUGGCGACGACCAUGACCGCAAGUUCUUCCGGAAGAUGGAUUGGGACACGUGUGUGUACGACGAGGGCCACAUGCUCAAGAACUUCCAGUCUCAACGCUAUCAAGCUCUGCUCCGGUACAAGUGCCGAUGGCGAUUAUUGCUCACCGGCACGCCUCUCCAAAACAACUUGCAAGAACUUGUGUCUCUGAUGAACUUCAUUCUCCCGGAUCAUUUUGCCGACAGCUUCGACUCUCUACGCGCAGUCUUCAAGACCAAGGGAGACUCCAAGGUCACCUUACUUGCUCAGCAGCGUGUAUCAAGAGCCAAGAAGAUGAUGACACCUUUUGUUCUGCGGCGGCGCAAAGACCAAGUGCUCUCGGACCUGCCCAAGAAGACAGAACGCAUCGAGUGGUGUGAUAUGACUUCGCUCCAGAAGUCCAUCUACAACGAAGCGCUGCUUCGGUCACGAAAGACUGUCUUCGACCUCGAGGAGAACUCCAACUCGGCGGAGACGUCUGACGCUGCAGCUAACGGGCGUGGCAAACCGGCGAAGAAGACCCGUGCAAAGCUCGGACCAAGGACAAGAUCGUCAUCACAUCCCAUGCUUUUCCGCCGGCGCUUCUCGGAAGAAACACUUGCCUCCAUGGCCAGGAUGCUUUUGAAGGAGCCAGACUUCAAGAAGCGGGGGGCGAUCUACGACUAUGUCAAGGAGGAUCUGGAGGUCAUGUCCGACGCCGAGUUGCAGGAGUACUGCAAGACCUACAAGUCUCUGCGGAGAUUCGUGCAGGAUGAGGACUGUUAUCUUGAGGCUGGCAAGAUUAAGGUCCUCAUGAAUCUUCUUGAACAAUACAAGAACGAGGGUCGUCGGAUACUUAUCUUCUCGCAGCAUAUCGUGCAGUUCACACAACUUUUGGAUAUUCUCGAGAAAAUCUUCGAGCUCAAGAAGAUCAAGUACACCCUGCUUACAGGAACCACACCUGUCGACGUCCGACAGUCUCUGGUUGAUGAGUUCAAUGAGGAUGAGAGCAUCUCGGUCUUCCUUCUCUCGACUAAAGCGGGUGGUAUGGGUAUCAACCUGACUGCGGCGAGUGUUGUCAUCAUGUAUGAUCAGGACUUCAAUCCUCACAACGACAAACAGGCUCAGGAUCGCGCAUAUCGGAUAGGGCAGAAGCGAGACGUCGACGUGAUCAAGCUCAUCACCAAGGGCUCGAUUGAAGAAGACAUGCUUGCUCUUGGUCAGAUGAAGCUUGCCCUGGACGAAGCUGUCGCGGGAGAAGAGGGCGAGCGCGUCGAACGAGAAGUCCAGAUGUCGCUGAUGAGUGCGGUCCGGAAGAAGCUCACAACGGACGGCGACGUCGACAUGAAGGACUGUGCCGCCACUUCAGCCACUGCUACGCCUGCCGCUGCGUGA